CUAUAGUUCAAUUCAUUCCUCGGUGGCCAUUGGUCGUUGUCAAGUUUAUUAGUCUGACUGUCAGUCGACCGCAGAUAGAAGUUGUAUUGAUUUUUAUCAAAGCAUAUAAUGGAGCCUAAUCCUGUAAUUAUUGCUGCAACAGCAAAACAAACUGCUUCGCUUAUAUUCUUACAUGGUCUGGGUGAUACUGGACAUGGUUGGGCGAGUACGAUUGCUGCCAUCAGAGGUCCGCACAUAAAGGUGAUUUGUCCAACUGCUUCCACUAUGCCUGUGACACUUAACGCCGGAUUUCGAAUGCCUUCAUGGUUUGACCUACGGACUUUGGACGCUACAGCGCCAGAGGAUGAAGAAGGUAUUCUUAGGGCGACAGAGCUCAUUCAUGGAAUGAUUGAAGAUGAAAUCAAGUCAGGUAUACCUAUAACCCGCAUUCUGCUGGGAGGAUUCUCUCAAGGGGGAGCACUAGCUCUGCAUGCAGCCUUGACUUAUCCAGAAACUCUGGCUGGUGUUAUGUCACUGUCGUGCUGGCUGCCAAGACAUGCUCACUUCCCUGGUGCUGUUAAAGCACCUACUAUUUUACCCAUAUUCCAAGCUCACGGCGAUUGCGACCCCGUGGUUCCAUUCAAGUGGGGUCAGAUGACUGCUUCCUUCCUCAAAACUUUCAUGAAGAAUAUUGAAUUUAAUACAUAUCAAGGCCUCACACACAGCACUUCCGAAGAGGAACUUAAAGAUAUGAAAGUAUUCAUAGAAAGAAUGUUGCCUGCUUCUGCUGUGUUAUAAAUUAUUAAGAAAUUUAAUUCUUUUUAGUCUGUACUUAUGUAAU